AUGGCCAUCCGGUAUCACGACGCGCAGCUCUACGAGCGGGACCUGGCGCUCUUCCCACGGAACCAGUGGCUCAAUGACGCUGCCAUGCACUUCUACUUGACGAUGAUCCACCAUGAGAUGUGCGGCAGCGCAGACGACGUCCUCCUCAUGGACCCGGCGGUUGCGUCGUGCAUGCUGCUCCAGUGUGACGAUCAAGAGGACUUGGCCGACCUUGCGAACGGCCUCGAUCUGCACGCCAAGGCGCUUCUUCUUCUGCCCGUGAACGACCGAUCGAGCUUUGCGUCGCAGGGCAGCCACUGGGCACUUCUCGUCUACCGUCGCGCGACCAACGCCUUUGAAUUUUACGACUCGAGCAGCAACCACAAUUUGAACAGCGCCCACGAGCUCGCACGCGUGCUCUUGCUCGCGCUCGGCCGAGACCCGGCGACCGCCAAUAUCCAAGCCAUGGCGUGUGCCCAGCAAACCAACGGCUUCGACUGCGGUCUCUAUGCGUGCUUGACGGCCGAGUGGAUCAGUCGCCGGUUUGUCUCGCACGGCUCAACGCCCGCCGAGUCUUUGAUAGCGUACGUGACACCGGCGCGCGUUCGGUCGGUGCGCGAGUCCAUGCCAUCCCGGGUCGCUGCGUUACCACUCGACGAGUAA